GUGAGUGGCCCCCGAUGACGGUCCGCUAUCCAGAGGCUAGCUAGCUACUCACACACAGCCGGUGAUCCUGAAAGAGCCGUUAUCUGGCUCACACUGAGUCAAGUUGCGACAAACUUAGGUCAACAAGCGACCUGUUUCCCUCCCAAAAUUGUUGCUUUAUCACACAAAAGAACAAGACGUACAAUUUUCGUUUAGUUCGUAUUGUUUGUUUUGUUCGUUCUGGUGAUAGCAGAGCGUUUUUUUUCACUCCACCCUGGCUUAGUCUUUUACCUCGGAGGUAGCCACACAGCUCACGCUAGGUUCGGGCUUUCUUUCUCCUACCGUCCUGAUGAGGUGAACACAUUUAAAGUACCACCAGAACAUGUCCAACUGGAUCUGCUGCAACUCCUGCUUUACGGCUCCCAGUGUUGAGUGCCUGCUGGCCGUCACCAGCUGUGGUCAUAUUAUCUGCAAUGUAUGUUUUCAGAAAGGAAAGCCAGGGGAGUGCUUAAUAUGCAAAGCUAAAUGUCAGGUAUCUCCUCUCUCCGAUAAGAGCACAUGUGAGGUGAAGGCUCUGUUCUCUGACGUCAAUGUCCUGGCAACCAAAUACUUAAAAGAGAUCAGCAAGGUGCUCCUGUUCCAGGCCAGACACCAGAAUAGACUUCUGGCUCACUACCAGCAGAGGAAUGAGAAACUAGAAGAAGCCCUGGUGAAGAUGAAACAGGAGAUGCAACAGAUGUCCAAACAACUCAAAGAGCAAAGCGUCUACAUCUCAAAGCUGUCUCUUCAACACCAGGGUUCCACAGCUGUGUCCCCGAUGGGUGUCAGCUGCCACACGUCCUGCAUGUCCAAUUCAGUUCUCCACAUCCCGUACAACUCCCCGGCCUCCCUGUCCCUCUCCCGACAUCCUUCAACUGCAACUCUGGUGGACCACAUGGAAUCAGAUGGAAGACAUCUGUUCAAAAAGCCUGACACCAGACUGUCCCUGAUCAGCCCUCCACAAGAUGGCCGAAUGGGUACAAUCCCUCACCGAUCAUCCAAUCAGAUCACACUGGCUAAGCAGUCAAUGCGUUCCCCUUCAGUCAGUCGUCUCCAGGGAGCCAUGGCGACCUCAGGGGUGUCAUCAUAUGGGCGGAGCUCGGGGUGGGCGUCGCCCAUCUUCAGAUCCUCCUCCUCAUUCAGAUCAUCUUCAUCCUCCCUGAACUGCCACAAUGUUAGCCCUGCCCACACACUCACACAGCCCUGAAUGAAAUGGAGAUCAAAAUCUAACAUUUUUCUGUUACUGUAAUUGAUUAGGAUGGAUUUGGUGUGAGGUUCGAAUCGGUAGUGCAGAAUGCUGUCAGAUAAACUGAGUUUGAGUUCCAUGUCCUGUCAGGAAAUGUCAAAUAAAUAAAUAUGG